CAGAGACGCUGCUCCAGCCACUCCCUACGCCCGGCAGACCCUGAGCUCUCAAAUCCACCCGGAGCUCCAUUCAAAGUGCUGAGAUCUGGAUGGGAGCCUCGUCCAGCCACAUCCAGCACAACAGACACGAGUUAAACCGAGGACAGCCGGGAAGGGCUUCAGGAGACACUCCACAGUUGGAGGAUCUCCUCGGGAUCACGCUUUGAUCCGCAGAGUGGAUUUAGGACAAGAAGGAGCAACUCUUGCAGAGAUAACGAGGGGGGCACACCUGCAGCCAAGAUGGAGGUGAAGACGUCACUUCUAGAUAACAUGAUUGGGGUUGGUGAUAUGGUCCUCCUAGAACCCCUCUCUGAAGACUCAUUUCUUGAGAACCUGAAGAACCGCUUUGACCACAAUGAGAUCUACACAUACAUUGGCAGUGUGGUGAUCUCCAUGAACCCUUACAGGUCUCUGCCCAUCUAUACGCCAGACAAAGUGGAGGAGUAUCGCAACAGGAACUUCUAUGAACUUAGUCCCCACAUCUACGCUUUGGCAGAUGAGGCCUACCGCUCACUGAGGGACCAAGACAAGGACCAGUGCAUCCUGAUCACAGGGGAGAGUGGAGCUGGGAAAACUGAGGCCAGCAAGCUGGUGAUGUCAUACGUGGCAGCGGUGUGUGGGAAGGGCCAGGAGGUGAACAAGGUCAAGGAACAGCUGUUGCAGUCCAAUCCCGUGCUGGAGGCUUUUGGAAAUGCCAAAACAGUACGGAAUGACAACUCUUCGAGAUUUGGAAAGUACAUGGACAUCGAGUUUGACUUCAAAGGAGAUCCGCUGGGUGGAGUCAUCAGUAACUAUCUGCUGGAGAAGUCACGUGUGGUUAAGCAGCCAAGAGGAGAGAGGAACUUCCACAUCUUUUAUCAGCUCCUGUCUGGAGCCUCAGAUGACACACUCAAGAAGCUCAAGUUGGACCGAGACUUCAGCAAGUACAACUACCUGAGCCUGGACUCGGCCGUGGUCAGCGGGCUGGAUGAUGCAACCAACUUCAGGACAGUCAGAAAUGCCAUGCAGAUUGUGGGCUUCAUGGAGGACGAGUUGCAGUCAGUGCUGGAGCUGGUGGCGGCCGUACUGAAGCUCGGCAACAUCGAGUUCAAGCCAGAAUCGCGCUGUAAUGGUACGGAUGAAAGCCGCAUCAAAGACAAAAAUGAUUUGAAGGAGAUGUGUGAGCUGCUGGGGAUCGAACAGUCGGUGCUGGAGAGGGCCUUCAGCUAUCGAACAGUUGAAGCUAAGAUGGAGAAAGUCUCCACCACCCUGAAUGUGGCCCAGGCCUACUAUGCCCGAGAUGCCCUCGCCAAAAAUCUUUACAGUCGCCUGUUCAGCUGGUUGGUUACCAGGAUCAAUGAAAGCAUAAAAGCCCAAGCUAAAACUCGCCACAAGGUCAUGGGCGUAUUGGACAUUUAUGGUUUUGAGAUAUUUGAGGAAGGAGACAACAGCUUUGAGCAAUUCAUCAUCAACUACUGCAACGAAAAGCUGCAGCAGAUCUUCAUCGAGCUGACCCUGCGUGAGGAGCAGGAGGAGUAUGUUAGAGAGGGUAUUGAGUGGACCAACAUUGAGUACUUCAACAAUGCCAUCAUCUGUGACCUCAUUGAGAAUAACCAAAAUGGCAUCAUGGCCAUGUUGGAUGAGGAGUGCCUGAGGCCGGGGACGGUCACUGAUGAGACCUUCUUAGACAAACUGAACACAGUGUGCGCUGAGCACCAACACUUUGAGAGUCGCCUGAGCAAGAACUCAAAGUUUCUCAACGACCACAGCCUGCCACACAACUGCUUCCGGAUCCAGCACUAUGCUGGCAAGGUGCUGUACCGCGUCGAAGGCUUCGUGGAUAAGAACAAUGACCUGUUGUAUCGGGAUCUAUCACAAGCCAUGUACAAGGCCAACCACAGCCUCAUCAAACAGCUGUUCCCUGAAGGAAACCCUGCCAAAGUCAACCUAAAGAGACCACCAACAGCUGGAUUCCAGUUCAAAGCAUCUGUUGGCACACUGAUGAGUAACUUGCAGACCAAGAACCCAAACUACAUCAGGUGUAUCAAGCCCAAUGACAAGAAGGCAUCCCACGUCUUCACCGAGUCUCUGGUCUGCCAUCAGGUGCGCUACUUGGGCCUGAUGGAGAACGUUCGCGUGAGGCGAGCGGGCUAUGCUUUCCGCCAGGCUUACGAGCCAUGCCUCGAGCGCUACAAAAUGCUCUGCAAGAAGACUUGGCCACACUGGAGAGGGCCCGCCAGAGAAGGAGUGGAGGUGCUGAUGGCUGACCUCCAGGUUCCAACAGAAGAGUUUUCUUAUGGCCGCUCAAAGAUCUUCAUCAGGAACCCAAGAACGCUCUUUUUCCUGGAGGAGAGAAGGAAGCAGUGCCUCCAAGACCUCGCCACACUCAUCCAGAAGAUCUAUCGAGGCUGGAAGUGCCGCAUUCAGUUCCUGCUGCUGAAAAAGAGCCAGAUCGUGGUGGCAGCAUGGUACCGCCGAUACGCGCAACAACAGAAGUACCAGAAGAUCAAGAGGGCCACCACUGUGGUGCAGUCCUACACCAGAGGGUGGCAGGCCCGCAAACUUCUGAGGGAGUUGAAAUAUCAGAAAAGAUGUGAGGAGGCAGUGACCACAAUCACAGCAUACUGGCACGGCACACAGGCUCGGAUGGAGCUGAGACGUCUAAAACAAGAAGUGCGGAAUAAACAUGCUGUGACAAUUAUUUGGGCAUUCUGGCAGGGAACCAAGGCGCGGAGAGAGCUGCGUCACCUGAAGGAGGAGGCGAGGAAUAAACACGCCGUCUCGGUCAUUUGGGCCGGCUGGCAGGGCACCAAGGCUCGCAGGGAGCUCAGGAGACUGAAGGAAGAGGCCAGGCGUAAGCAUGCUGUCGCUGUGAUUUGGGCCUACUGGCAGGGACUCAAGGUUCGCAGAGAGUAUCGAAAAUUCUUCAGGGCAAACGCUGGCAAGAAGAUCUAUGAUUUUACCAUACAGAGAAUAUUGCAGAAAUACUUCCUUGGUCUGAAGAGCAACAUACCUUCCAUGUCCCCCAUAGACAAGAACUGGCCUGCCAGGCCUUACUUCUUCCUGGAAGGAGUCCAUGCUGAACUCCGGAGAAUCUUCCAUCUCUGGAGGUGCAAGAAGUACAGGAGCCAAUUCACUGAGGAGAAGAAGGUGGUGUAUGAAGAGAAGCUGGAGGCGAGCGAGCUCUUCAAGGACAAAAAGGCUCUCUACCCCAGCAGCGUGAGCCAGCCUUUCAAAGGAGACUACCUGGAGAUUAGCAAAAACCCCAAAUAUCAGAAGCUCAGCAGUGUCGUGGAUGAGAAGAUUCUGCUGUCUGACAUGGUCAACAAGAUUAACAGGGCUAAUGGAAAGUGUUCAGCCCGAAUCUUCCUGCUAACUAAGAAGAAUGUCAUCCUGGCUGACCAGAAAACGGGUCAGGUGAAGGCCAGCCUCCCCCUGCUAGACCUCGCCAGUGUGUCAGUCAGCACGCAAAGUGAUGGCUUCUUUGCUCUUAAACUCAAAGAGGGGUCGAGUUCAGCUGUCAAAGGUGACUUCUUACUCAGCAGCGAGCACCUGAUUGAAAUAACCACCAAGCUGCAUCGCAUGGGCGCCACGACCGCAGACAGGGAGCAGCUUUACAUCGACAUCUCAGAUGAGUUUCUGGUGCAGUUUAAACAAGACAAAGUAUGCGUGAAAUUCAUUCAGGGGGGCCCCAAGAAUGGCAACGGCGUGUCCUGCAAGCGCAAGAACAACCGCCUGCUGGAGGUUUCUGUACCAACAACACCCUAAAUCCAGUCCCUCCUCUUCUGCUCCUGCUCUUGUUCACCACUGCUCAGUCUGGAGGGUGACCUGACAGCAAACUCCAAAACUCUGCAUUAGAAAAAUCACAACGGUGCAACCGCUGAGCCCCCCCCCUCCAAAAAAUGUGCAGUUAUUUGGCCUGUUGUGUUGAUUUCCUCCAAUCACUCUCUUUAUCAGAUGUACCACUAUAGCUGAAACCACAUGCUACCUUCUUUUUUCUUUUGGCAGAGAAAGCCCCAACAUGGGUUGCAUGCCACAGAAAUUUAGUGUGAGCUUGUGUCAGUGCACGAGAGACUUUUUUUCUGUAUACCAGUGGUGAUGUUGCUAACACUUGUUCUGCUUUUAUUGUUAGUUGAGAGAAAAUGUGAGGAUCCUUUUGACGAGCUCCAGCUUCAACUGGUCUAGACUCAUCUGCUUUUUAAGCAGCUCUGGCUUCAACCAGAAGGCUUAAAUUUUGAGAUGAACCAUGACACAAGAUUUGAGCUUGAACCAGUCUAUUAUUUUUUUUACCUUUAGUGAACUUGAAUGCUGCACUUGCUUUCACCUCUGUGUAAACAGGACCUGAAAAGAAAAGUGAUUGUAUGUUGUAUUAAUUUCUCUCUUUCUCAAAUAAAAACACAGCUGGCAGUUGGGUAAACGCAAAAGUCAAACCUGAUUUUUAAGGUAAUUUUGAAACCUUUGCCCCCUCUCAUGUGCCAUUGAAGCCACACACAGGUGAUUCCUCCCAUUCAGAAUCAUAAACAUCAAUGCCAAAUUAUAAAUCCUCUAAUUGGGGGAGUGCAUCAACCUAAUGACAACUGGUUAUGCUUUUGAUUGCACAUGUAAUCAAUGCCAUUUUCUUGUUAUAUUAUUCCAACUACAGAGUCAUUGUAAAUCGAAUUCAUAGCACAAAUUGUCACAUAUGAAUUAAAGAGAAGAUUCUGAUUAAGGCAACAGACCAAACAAAGAAAACAGAGGUGCCCACAUAAAUCCAAAGUUCUCUUUGCCUCAAAGCAAAAACCCUUGAAAGUGAUAUUUUGUGUGCAAUAUUGUCUCAAUUUAUUUCAAGCAAAGCGGUAGUGAGAACUCAGAGCAGUUGCCCCUCUUGUGCCAUAAGCUGUACAUAGGCUCUGUAAGCUGUAGCCAUGACGUGGACAAAGGCUUGUUAAGCAUCCUGACUUCAAUAGCCGUGUUUGUGAAAUGACUUUACAUAUAUAUAUUUGCCACUGCAGCUUGAAUUAUUGUAGUGCUUGACCCACUCUGAUCUAAUGUGUACUUUUCAAGAGGAAAAACCAAAUAUUAAGCGCACAUGACAAUAGAUUCUUAAUGUUUCUGAAAAAAUUGACCAAUUUCGACUUUACCAAUUUGACUUGUAAAAAAUAAAAGCAAUCGAAUUUCUAUGUUUACCCAAAGUCAAAUUUGAAAAUCAAAGAGGCCAGAGGGCCACAUUUUCAUGCACGUUCAUUAGAAUAUGUAUAAUGGUUGAGGUUUUUGUACUUCUGGUGACGGAGGGGAAAAUUACCACCAAACUUGGUCAAGUCACAGUUCAAUCUUGGGGUAUCAUGGUGAUGAUUUUUGUUUAAUGUAACACAACACGGGAAAACGGUUGUUCCACGCAUGGGAAAUGAGCAAACUCAGUGGCAGUUUUGAUGUUUCUUCUUUGGCUGCUCUGUUUCGGUGCACUUUUGUUUGGGUAAAAUCUCCCUCUCCCAUUUUUUCUGACCUGUUUUUUGUAUUUGAACAGUGGCUAGAGCUGCAAAACGAUGUGUGCAUUCUCGUGUGCCUAAUGUUAACCUGUGCUAAGAGAUGGAACAUGGAAACGUUUAAGUAGAACUCAAUGUAACAUUUACAGGUAUUCUUUUUUUUAAAUUAAAUAAAAAUCAAUAAUAAAUGUUAUCCUGGAA